CACCUCUCACCCGCACCAGAUCCACUUCCCAGCAAUCCAGGAGCAAUGCAUAGCCAGGCCGACACACAUUCGAGCGCGGCGCAGGUCUUUGCCGUCCCUGCGCUCCCGGGCGCUGCGAGAAAGCAGGAAGCUCAAACCGCAUCCGACAACCACAGCGACAGCGACAAGCCGUCAGCACCGCCAAGCGCACCGCCAAGCGCACCGCCGCUCAACUAUACCGAGCCAUCGUGGUCGGCGACUCCCCGGUCGGAUUAUUACUUUGAGAUCCUCAAGAAUGGCACCAUCGUUGGGGUUACGCAUCUCAACACCAAGGCAUUCUACACGAUCGGCCGCCUUCCGAUCUGCGAUAUCGAGCUGGAGCAUCCCAGCGUUUCCAGAUACCAUGCUAUAAUCCAGUUCAGGAAGGACGACGCCGCCUAUAUCUAUGAUCUCGGCAGCGCACACAAGACCUUUGUCAAUAAGAUCGAGGUCCCAACCCGCGAGUUCUGGCGCCUCAAAGUCGGAGAUAUGGUGCGUUUUGGUCAGAGCAGCCGGGCCUUCUUCUUCCAAGGACCUCCGGAACCAGAGCCAGAGCCUUCUUCGGCGCCUAUGAUGCGCAAGCCGACAGCUUCUGAGCCAGAAGACAGAGGCGUCACCUGGGGCUUCCCGGAGGACGCUGUCGAGGAAGACGACGAAGACGAGAUCGACAACGAGCGGGAGGCCGACCGAACAGGACUCGACGAAAGCCUCUUUUACGUCCGUGACUCGCGCAAGGCCCUCAAAAACUGGGCCGACAAUCGUGGUCUGGAUGCCGAUUUUGAGAUCGAUGAGGAGGGCCAUGGACACAAUCGAUGCUAUGUCGCCCGCGUCGAGCUGCCGCUGGACCACGGCGCAAAACGGGUUGUUGGCAUCGGACGAGCAUCCAAGAAAAAGGACGCCGAGCGCGAGGCGGCCCUGGAUGCCUGCAUCAAACUCGAUCGGAUCGGCCAUCUGCGAUCCUCGCCGAACAACCAGCGUGAGCAAGAGAAGAAGCGCCUCAAGGAGCUGCUUGGAAACGACGACGACGACCAAGAUUCAUUUUACGACCGAACAGGAACAGCGGACCGCAAGGCUCAGCGCAAGAACAAGACUGCAGUUGAGACACUCCAGUCGCUGUCAGAGAAGCGGCUGGAUGUGCUCGCAAAGAUUAGCAAUCUUGAGACGCAGCUGCAGGCCCACGAACAGAAUGCGAUUGUACAGAGCGAGGAUGCUUUGGAUGACUACAUGGCGCAAAUCCAGGCAAAGGCCGAGCACAUGGAGCGUGCCAAGAUUCAGCAGCAAAUCGACCAACACAGCAAGGAAGUCAAGCGUCUGGAGAAGCUCAUAUCGAUUGUGGCUCCUAGCGAAGCUUUCAAAGGGUUCGAUUUAUCCAAGCCCAGGAAGCCGGAUCAGCCCAAGGAUAGUGCUGCACCUGCAUCAUCACAGCAGGCCGCACCCGAAUCUACGGCACCUGCAUCCGCACCAAAAUGUUCUCAGACCCCUCAGCCUAAAGCCCAAGUCCAAGCCCAGCCUGGCGCUUUGAAAAUGGAAGAUAAUAUUGUGCUCAGCGAGCCUGCAGAAACAGCCACGACCCAGCACCCUGGUCCGUCAGUAGCACCGCCGGCCUCAUCAGCAACGAGUGCCCUGCCUGCGUCCGCACAGAAACAAGAAACGGCACCUGAAUCCUCAGGCUCUGUCCACAAUCAGUUUGGUCUGAUUGUCCGUAACAAGAAGCGUGAGGCAGAGGCUCUGCCAGCACGUCCCGAGAAGCAGCCCCGAUCCAAGCAGCCACGUUACGAUGGCGACGAUGACAGCCACGACGGUGACUAUUCCAAGUAUCAGUGGAGUACCGAUGGUGCAGAUGAGCCUGGCUCCGAGUGGGUGGCUCCUGGCGAACAGCUUAAUGCAGACGACGUCAAGAAGCAGAAUGCAAUGUAUGGCUAUACACUUUAUUCAGAAAAAAACGGGACAAUAUAGCCGUUUCCAUGAACAUGUAGUAUGUGCUGUGCUUGCGUCAAGCAAAGCCAC